CCGGCUCACUUACCUUUGGGAAGCAAGACGAGCAGUGACCAAGAAGUGCCCCGUAUGCGACGAAGAGAUACCCGUCCGGCUGCUAGAUAAGCACGCAGACUUGGAGGCGGAAAGGUUGGACGAAAUCAUGAGGCACAUAGGGUCAACAGAGGUGUUGGACUCGGCUGAACCAGACGAUGGGUAUGUGAACAUUCACGUCCCAAACUUGCUGCUUCUCAAUACUGCGUAGGUUUACUGCACGCACUCGAAAGUCCGCCGUCAAAGCUCGCAAGAAUAUGCAGCACAGUUCGUCGUCCGCCACACUUGAGGUCGUGGACAAGGCCCUUCGCAUGAUUAAGAAGCACCGAAAACAACGACACGCCAAGCUACGCGAGAUGACCAGGGAAGAGGAAGAUGGUGGGGGAUUGUCCAAUUUCCGAGGAGGAACAGGCCGCUGGGCAGGUAACGGGCAAUGCACCUUGUGUCCCGUCUGCCUGAAGAUGAUCCCUGGAGACCCGGACGUCGUCGAGGCACAUGUCGACGCCUGUCUAGCGCACGAAGCGCGAAUGCAGGGCGAGCGUGAGCGCUCGGAAGUGGAGAGACGACGAGAAGAAGAAGCUUGGGAGGAGGUGGACGUCGAAGACGAUGUCCAGCUGAGGGCCACGGACGGAGCUAGUCUUCGAGGUAAGGUGUGAACAUUUGUUAGGCGAGUAAUGACUGACUUUGUACAAGGUAUGGGCAUAGUAGUGCGCGAUGAGACCCAUCAGGACAUCGAGGGUGAAAUAGACAUCGAUGGGGAAGACGAGGCGUUGUAUGGCGCUGCACAGUUUACAGAAGACGACGUGCUAGGGUCAAGACCUCUUAGCGCAGGCGAAGACGAGGACGUGCAAGUUGAUGAUGAGGAUAGUAGCCAGUCGCUGGGAGCGUCCGGGCCUGCGCAGGACGCGUCGACUGCGGCGGCGCUGCGGCAUGUUAUCGAAGGCAAGUUGGUGAAGAAAGCUGCGCUUGCUGGAGAAGCUGAAGAUGUCAAGAAAUCUUUGGAUGAAGUCAUGGGGAUUGGUGAGACGGAACAAGCGGAGUGUGCGAUAGAGCUCGCAAAGAAAUCCGGUGACGCAGGAGCAUUAAUGGCAGCUCUGGAAAACAAAGUGAAGUUGUUGGUGAGCUUUCUCUCCUCGUUUGGUAUAUCAUCCUUCUCUUACUCCCGUUUGCAGGAGUCGAUCCGCGUGGCUUCAUCGACUUCACCUCUUUGCCGCAUAUGCAUCGAUCCUUACACCGAACCCACGGUGUCUACAGGCUGUUGGCACACUUGCUGUCGGGAGUGCUGGCUACGCUGUCUCGGUUCGACAAAGCUUUGUCCAAUUUGCAAGCGCAUAACCGCGCCUGCAGACCUACGUCGCGUUUAUCUGUAACUUCCUACUUAGUUAUCUCACGAGCUUUGCCAUGGGCUGUUUUGCUUUCACGCAUAUGUAUCAUCAUCUGCGAUCAAUUCUAUAAAUGAGCAUCGGAGUGCACACACGAACGAAAAUGCGUAAAGCUCAGAUCUGGCCUUGUCAAUUCUUCAAAUUCGCAAAACCUGCUCCUGAGAAGUGGCUUCGCUCGAGCGUAGCUUCGCCGCUACCCAUUCAGGGCACCGCAGUGGCACCACCACGACGUAUAUCAUCACUGUGCGUAGGCGGAAGUUGCACUCACCCGUAUCUAGCCCUAUGAGAGCUGCCAACGUCACACAGCGCCUGGGACAGAGAGCGAUGAAGCACGAUUCAUUGCACGUAGAGCGUUUUGUAGGUCAUUACUAUGAGAUAUGGUAGGAAGCAGGCGUGUCAUGCGAGCGGGCUAAUCAGCCUAGAGCGUGUUCGUCAGUC